GAGGGCUGCACCACCACCAGUUACCCCAAAUUCCCCACAGAGACUGAGAGAACCAAGAAAGAAAGAACAGAGACUCUCAGUUUUCUUCUGUUUUUCUCUUUUUCUUUUUCCUUUCACGCUUUUUGAUUUUGUUCGGUGGCGUUUGUAUGUGAUUGGGGAGCAUACUCAAACACCCAGUUGGAACAAAUUGAUGCUCUGUUUCUCCGCACCUUUUUCAUUCCAUUGCUAAACUUUUUAACCGAAUCCAACGGAGUGAAACACGGAAUAGAAGGUAAAGAAUUAGAACUUGCAACAAUGGAGGAUGUGAUUGUGAAUCAAUCCAAGUUUAGGAGGAUUUGUGUGUUCUGUGGUAGCAGCCAUGGCAAGAAGAGAAGCUACCAAGAUUCUGCCAUUGAACUCGCCAACGAAUUGGUUUCAAGGAACAUUGAUCUGGUGUACGGUGGGGGCAGCAUAGGGCUGAUGGGUCUGGUCUCGCAAGCUGUUCAUGAUGGCGGUCGGCAUGUCAUUGGGGUUAUACCCAAGACGCUCAUGCCUCGAGAGCUGACUGGUGAAACUGUAGGGGAAGUGAAGGCAGUGGCAGAUAUGCAUCAAAGAAAGGCAGAGAUGUCAAAGCAUUCAGAUGCUUUUAUUGCCUUGCCAGGUGGCUAUGGGACUCUGGAAGAACUACUAGAAGUGAUAACUUGGGCGCAGCUUGGGAUCCAUGACAAGCCAGUGGGGCUGUUGAAUGUUGAUGGAUAUUACAAUUCAUUGCUGUCAUUUAUUGAUAAAGCUGUGGAGGAGGGAUUCGUCAGUCCAAGUGCGCGUCAAAUUAUCGUUUCCGCGCCAUCAGCGAAGGAGCUAGUGAAGAAGUUGGAGGAGUAUGUGCCUUGCCAUGAAAGAGUUGCUUCAAAGCUAAGUUGGGAGAUAGAGCAGCUUGGCUACCCUCAAAAUUGUGAUAUCUCCAGGUGAUUUCUGAACUGAAGAAGAUGAUGAUGAUGAAGAAUUUUGCAAAUGGAGGCGUCUAGUAUGAAGUUUUUUUUUUUUUUUUGUAAAUUCGUUUAUAUCAGUGUCAUUGUUUGAAAGGGCUACU